ACUUGAGUUGACUUUGGAACAACUCUCCGCGACACCGACGAGGCACCAACUCCAGCGUCCGUCAGGGACACGCAUUGCUCCCGUAAACCGGUUCAAACAACCCCCUCUCUGCGUUCCCUUCUCACAUCCCAGGAAGUUUUUGUCUGAAAUCUCUGGACUCGAAAUCUGCGUCCGAAUCUGCGACCGCCUCUUUUCUCUUCCCCGAUCGGCAAACGACAAGUUUACCUGCCGACUAGUCUGCCAUGACUAACUAGUUGUGGCUGAAAUUAUGGGAUGUAUCGUCAUGGCAACAGACCAGACGUCACAAUCUGGGCAUGUGUGUUCCAUUUUGUCUUUUAUUUUUCCGCCUGCGAGAGCCGCACAGAGAUCAGAGAAAGGAUCGAGGCUGCGGCGCGUGGAGCGUUUUACUUUCUCGCUGUGAAAAGGAGGCGAUGAGCUGAAGAUGCCGGGGUCUCUGAGUAAUGAAGACGAGGGACAGGACGACAUGGAUUUUGAGGACGACAUGCCAGAUGAGGAUGACGAUGGGGAGCGCCACUCUGUUCCCCUCAGUUCUCUUCUUCAAGAAAGCUUCUUCUCGGACGACGACUCCCUCAAACAACAGAAGAAGAAGAAGCCUAAAAAGAUGAAAGAGGACAAGAUGCCGAAGGUUAAGAAGAGGAAAAAGGAGGGGGGAAUCCAGCCCACCUUCGACAGUGACCUGGAGGAGAACUCUGAGCAUGAGGAGGAACGAGAACGUUUGGACAUCGGGUCUGAGAGUGAGAGCAGCAUGUUCGGCCCAACCAAGAAAAAGAAGAAGAAGCCCAGGGAGAAAAAGGAGAAGAAAGUGAGGAAGAAGAAGAGAGACGAGGAAGAAGACGAUGACGACGACGAUGAUGAGGGAAACAUGAAAGAGCCAAAAUCAUCCAGCCAGCUGAUGCAUGAGUGGGGUCUGGAAGACGUCCAAUAUGGUUUCACUGAGGACGAUUACAAGACCAUCACUAACUACAAAGCGUUCAGCCAGUUCCUCAGGCCUCUCAUUGCCAAAAAGAACCCCAAGAUUCCCAUGUCCAAAAUGAUGACAGUGUUGGGGGCCAAGUGGCGAGAAUUCAGCGGCAACAACCCAUUCAAAGGCGCAUCCGCCACCGCUGUGGCCGCUGCCGUGGCUGCUGCUGUCGAAACGGUGACGGUGGCGCCGUCAACUCCCAUGGGCAGCCAGCUGAGCGCCCAGCCGUUGAAAAAAGCCAAAACCAAAGAGGGGAAGGGUCCAGGAGUGAGGAAGAGAAGUAAGUCUGUGAAGGAGGUGAAGAAGAAGCAGAAGCCCAAGAAGACCAAAUCAAAGUCGGGCCAGAGUGGGAAGAAGAAGAAAGCCUCUUCGAGUGAGGAGGACUUCCUGGAGGAGUCGGACUUUGAUGACAUCAGCAUCCACAGUGCCUCUGUGCUUUCUGAAACUUCAGGGGUCGUCACCAAGAAGAAGACCCGGCGGGGGAGGAAGAAAAGGAAAAAGGAAGAUGGCGAUGGCUAUGAAACGGACCAUCAAGACUAUUGUGAGGUUUGCCAGCAGGGAGGAGAAAUCAUCCUGUGCGACACCUGUCCGCGAGCUUAUCACCUGGUCUGUCUGGACCCUGAGAUGGAGAAGGCUCCCGAGGGAAAGUGGAGUUGCCCACACUGUGAGAAGGAAGGAAUCCAGUGGGAAGCCAAAGAUGACGACGAGGAAGACGAUGAGGUGGCAGGAGAGGAAGAGGACGACCACAUGGAGUUCUGCCGAGUUUGCAAAGAUGGAGGAGAGCUGUUGUGUUGUGACACAUGUCCGUCCUCGUACCACAUCCACUGUCUCAACCCCCCGCUGCCUGAGAUUCCAAACGGCGAGUGGUUAUGUCCACGCUGCAUGUGCCCUCCUCUGAAGGGGAAGGUUCAGAAGAUCCUACACUGGAUGUGGGGAGAUGCACCUCUGCCAAGUGAUGCUCCACUGGGACUUGAUGGUGGACCCACUGACCCACUCACCAAGCCCCCACUGAAGGGCCGACCAGAGAGAGAAUUCUUUGUGAAGUGGGCGGGUUUGUCAUACUGGCACUGCUCCUGGGUCAGUGAGCUGCAGCUGGAGCUCUACCACACAGUCAUGUACCGGAACUAUCAGAGAAAGACGGACAUGGACGAGCCGCCACCAUACGACUAUGGAUCCGGGGAGGAGGAGAUGAACAACGAGAAGCGGAAGAGCAAAGACCCUCACUAUGCCGCGAUGGAGGAGAGAUUCUAUCGCUACGGAAUCAAACCAGAGUGGAUGGUGAUCCACCGCAUUCUCAACCACAGUUUUGAUAAAGAAGGCGAUGUGCAUUAUUUGAUCAAAUGGAGAGAUCUGCCUUAUGACCAGUGCACGUGGGAGGUGGAUGACUUUGACGUUCCAGAAUAUGACACUCACAAAGCUUUCUAUUGGGACCACAGGGAGCAGAUUGUAGGGGAGGACCAGCGCCCCCUGGUCUCUGGUGGCAGUAAUAAACUGAAAGUGGAGUACCCAAAGAGGGAAAUUCCCCCAGACGCUCCAAUCAUUGAUCCCACGAUCAAGUUUGAGCAUCAGCCGUGGUACAUCAAUGCCACCGGAGGAACGCUGCACCCUUAUCAGCUGGAGGGGCUCAACUGGCUCCGGUUCUCGUGGGCUCAGGGCACUGACACCAUCCUGGCAGACGAGAUGGGUCUGGGCAAGACAGUGCAGACCAUCGUCUUCCUCUACUCACUCUACAAGGAGGGUCACUCCAAAGGUCCGUUCCUAGUCAGCGCGCCUCUGUCCACAAUCAUCAACUGGGAGAGAGAGUUCCAGAUGUGGGCUCCGGACUUCUAUGUGGUCACGUACACUGGAGACAAGGACAGUCGGGCCAUCAUCCGAGAGAAUGAGUUCACCCACGAGGACGCUUCCAUCAAAAUGGGGCGGAAGGUGUUUCGGAUGAAGAAAGACUCUCCCAUCAAGUUCCACGUCCUGCUGACCUCCUAUGAGUUGAUCACCAUCGACCAAGCCAUCCUGGGCUCCAUCACCUGGGCCUGUCUCGUGGUGGACGAAGCCCACAGACUCAAGAACAACCAGUCUAAGUUUUUCAGAAUCCUGAAUGGCUACAAGAUCUACUACAAGCUGCUGCUCACCGGGACGCCUCUGCAGAACAACUUGGAAGAACUUUUCCACCUGCUCAACUUCCUCACGCCCGACCGUUUCAAUAACCUGGAGGGCUUUCUGGAGGAGUUUGCUGAUAUCUCGAAAGAAGACCAGAUCAAGAAGCUUCAUGACCUGCUGGGACCCCACAUGCUGCGGCGGCUCAAGGUCGAUGUCUUCAAGAACAUGCCGGCCAAAACUGAGCUCAUUGUCCGAGUGGAGCUCAGCCCCAUGCAGAAAAAAUACUACAAGUUCAUUCUCACUCGGAACUUUGAGGCUCUGAACUCUAAAGGUGGCGGAAACCAAGUGUCGCUGCUCAACAUCAUGAUGGAUCUGAAGAAGUGCUGCAACCAUCCGUACCUGUUUCCCGUUGCAGCAGGGGAAGCGCCGGUUCUAUCUAGCGGAUCAUACGAUGGAAACCAUUUGGUGAAGUCCUCAGGAAAACUGACGCUGCUGCAGAAAAUGUUGAAGAAACUCAAGGAUGAAGGACACAGGGUUCUCAUUUUCUCUCAAAUGACAAAGAUGCUGGACCUGCUGGAGGACUUCCUGGAGUUUGAAGGUUACAAAUAUGAACGGAUCGAUGGUGGGAUCACUGGAGGUCUAAGACAGGAGGCAAUUGAUCGUUUCAACGCACCGGGGGCUCAGCAGUUCUGCUUCCUGCUCUCAACUCGAGCUGGAGGACUUGGCAUCAACCUGGCGAGCGCAGACACAGUCAUCAUCUACGAUUCCGACUGGAAUCCCCAUAACGACAUUCAGGCAUUCAGCCGGGCUCACAGGAUCGGUCAGAACAGGAAGGUUAUGAUCUAUCGCUUCGUGACCCGAGGCUCAGUGGAGGAGAGGAUCACCCAGGUGGCCAAGAGAAAGAUGAUGCUGACGCACCUGGUGGUGAGACCCGGCCUGGGCUCCAAAACUGGAUCCAUGUCUAAACAGGAGUUGGACGACAUCCUCAAGUUUGGCACGGAGGAGCUUUUCAAGGAUGAGAUGGAGGCGGCGAGAACCAUGGGCGACAACAAAGAUGGCGAGGAGGGAAAUGUGAUCCACUACGACGAUGAUGCCAUUUCAAAACUAUUGGAUCGCAGUCAAGACGCCACCGAAGACACCGAUAUCCAGAACAUGAACGAGUACCUGAGCUCCUUCAAGGUGGCCCAGUAUGUGGUGAAGGAGGAGGAUGGAGAGGAGGAGGUGGAGCGCGAGAUCAUCAAACAAGAGGAGAACGUGGAUCCGGACUACUGGGAGAAACUCCUGCGUCACCAUUACGAGCAGCAGCAGGAGGAUCUGGCCCGGAACCUUGGGAAAGGCAAACGCAUCCGCAAGCAGGUCAACUACAACGACACCACGCAGGAGGACCAAGAAUGGCAGGAUGAUCUUUCAGACAACCAGUCGGAGUAUUCUGUGGGGUCCGAGGACGAGGACGAAGACUUUGAGGAGAGACCUGAAGGUGGACGCAGACACUCCCGUCGACAGCUGAAGAAUGAGAAGGACAAACCUCUUCCUCCGUUACUGGCUCGUGUGGGCGGCAGCAUUGAGGUUCUGGGGUUCAACGCCCGUCAAAGGAAAGCCUUUCUAAAUGCCAUCAUGAGGUGGGGGAUGCCGCCUCAGGACGCCUUCAACUCUCAUUGGCUGGUCAGAGACCUGAGAGGGAAGAGUGAGCGGGAAUUCAGGGCCUAUGUGUCGCUGUUCAUGCGGCACCUUUGUGAGCCUGGUGCCGACGGAGCUGAGACCUUUGCAGAUGGAGUCCCACGUGAGGGACUGUCCCGCCAGCAUGUCCUCACCAGGAUCGGAGUCAUGUCUCUUGUCAGGAAGAAGGUGCAGGAGUUUGAGCACGUGAACGGGAAGCUAAGUUCACCGGAUCUAAUUCCAGUUGGAAUAGAGCUGAAGAAGCUGACAGACAGUGUUUCCUCUGAACCCAACACACCAGUAGCAGAGAGCCCGGUGGCCACGCAGCCUGGCACGCCCAUCGCUUCAGACAAGACUGAGAGUCUCCAGGGCAGCAGCGCAGAAGACAAGGAGUCUCCUGAGCUCGACAACAGGAAGCUGUCGGAUCACGAGACCUCAGGCGCAGAGGCAGGAUCAACCUCCGAAAAGUCGGCUGACAGCAAGGAGAGCAAGUCCAGCUCUCAGGAGAAGACGGACGAGAAAGAGAGAACCGAGUCACCUUCUAAAAUGACUGAUUCAUCUCCAAAGGACAUCGCCAUGGAGACAGCAGAGCUAGCAUCCAGUCAAAACUCUCUGAAACCGGAGCUGGGAAAAGAGACAGAGAAGGACGAAUGUUGUCUGACUAAAACGGAUGACAACGACACUAAAGCAGAUGCGGUGAAAAGCGAAGAUGCAGUGGAGACUCGGAUGAAUGGAGAUAAGGAUCAUCUGGAUGAGGUGGACGAGAGCAGGAAGGAGGACAAAAAUGGAUUCAAAACCAAGUUCAUGUUCAAUAUUGCAGAUGGAGGUUUUACAGAGUUGCACACUCUCUGGCAGACGGAGGAGCGGGCGGCACUCACCUCCGGGAAGAUCCACGACAUUUGGCACCGCCGCCAUGACUACUGGUUGCUGGCCGGCAUCGUCACGCAUGGCUACGCCCGCUGGCAGGACAUCCAGAAUGACCCGCGCUAUGCCAUCCUGAACGAGCCUUUCAAAACCGAGAUCCACAAGGGCAACUACCUGGAGAUGAAGAACAAAUUCCUGGCUCGCCGCUUUAAGUUGCUGGAACAGGCUCUGGUGAUCGAGGAGCAGCUGCGGCGUGCGGCAUACCUGAACAUGACUCAGGAUUCCACUCACCCGGCCAUGGCACUCAACACCCGCUUCGCUGAGGUGGAAUGUUUGGCCGAGUCACACCAGCACCUUUCCAAAGAGUCUCUGGCCGGGAACAAGCCUGCCAAUGCCGUGCUGCACAAAGUUCUGAACCAGCUGGAGGAACUUCUGAGUGACAUGAAGGCCGAUGUGACUCGACUCCCCAACAUGCUGUCCCGGAUCCCUCCGGUGUCGGCCCGCCUGCAAAUGUCAGAGCGAAGCAUCUUGAGCCGCCUCACCAGUCGAGGCACUGAGCCGCCACCUCAGCAGACUUUCAGCUCAGGUGGAUUUGGCUGCUCUCAGAUGUACAGCGGUGGCUUUGGUGGAGGAUUCAGGGGUCCAGGCGGGCAGCCCAUGGUCAACUACAGUCAGAUGCCUCUGGGGCCGUACGUUAGCGUGUCUAACGGACCCCCACCCAACACAAGCCAUUUGGACAAAAAGACACUUGAGUCGCUGAGAGAUGUGACCACACCGGACCUCAAGUCAGGCAAACCCAGUGAUGUCAUCUGUAUCGAGGACUAGAUAAGGACCACAACCCUGGACGAGUCGUCCACUGAACCUGACGUGGCGUUUGGAUUAAGGCCGUCGAUCUUAGCAAUUGCACUUUUAACUUUGAAAAGGAUGUAUUUGGCUUGAAAUGUGACUUCGAGAGCCGAGGCUUGAGAAAGUAGCUCUUCUGAGAGACAGAGAUGAGGAACUCCUUUUUUGAUGUUGAGGCUCAUUCAAAUCUGGGAAUGUUUUAUUUGUCCCUGCCUUGACUUUUUAUCAUUCAGCCAAUGUGCACAAUGUUGCUUUCCAUCCUUGCGCCUAACCCCUGUGCACUGUGACUUCCUGGAGCAGUACGUAUGACAGCAGGUUGCUAACGCGAAUCAGUGUGUUCUGUCAUCCAUGUAGAAAUCAGUGGAGAAUAUAUUUAUUUCAAGACAUAAUUAACAUGUACACUUAGUAUUUUCUGGACUUUCUUGGUACUAUUGGUACUAUUCCGUACAUCACUGCUGUGUGAAGAGUCAUCGGUGGCAGCUACACUUGUUUGUGGACGCUUUUUGGUACGCUUUCAAAAGGCUUCAUCAGAUCCACGGAAACAACUUAAAGCAUAUUAUAACAAUAUUAUAUAUUUAUAUACCCUGUGGACAGGCGACCUUUCCAACCUGCCCGCCCUGGUUCUCAGAUGAUGUUGCUGUGAAAAAGAGUGCUCAAGAAUUGGACCUACAAAAUGUUCUUUGUUUUUCCUUCCCAAAGUUUUGACUUAACAUUAUCUCUUUACGUGAAAUUCUCCUGGAAACAUUUGUUUUUCUAGACUUUUCCACAUUUUUUUUUCCAAAAAGAAGACAUGAUCACCAAAGAAAUUCACAGUGAUGGGUAGAUGGGGCAUCAUGAAACAGUAUCGCAGGGUUGAUGAAACAGUGUCCUAAUAGUCACUAGAUGGCGCUCUUGGUUUAGAAAUGAUGUGAGGUUUCAGUUAUUCAAGUCCAAACGUUUUACAGCAGACAUCGCCACCUGGUGGCCUCUGAAAAUCAGGAGACUGUUUCAUGAAACCUCAUCAACCAUCACAUGGAGUCCAGUAUAACUCACAUAGUUCAGGAGAUCAAUCAGCGGAAUUUCAAAGUGGAACUAAAGUGGCAGAUCAUAAACACAAUGAAACUGUGGCGGAACUACCUGGAAAAAAAGACCUUACAAGCUGAACUGACUGUUUUAGAUUAAAUGAAACGUUUCAAUAAUGAAGCAAAAAUGAGGAAAAGUGAAGUACACUAUUGAGGAGGCACUCUCUAAAGGCGCUUGUGUACAAUAAUAUUUGUACAAAAACAGCACGGAUACAGCACAUACUCAUGCUGGAUGUAAUUCCCGCCUUCUGUGAAAGAACCUAAUCUACCCAGCUGCAGUUUAGACACCAUGACCACCCCGAGAAGUUCAAAAGUCCGCAGGUUAGCUUGAAUUGAUGAGGCCUUUUGUCAGAUUCUCUGCAUUGAAGAAGUGGCUCUCCUUCUGUAACAAACUGACUUCAUGAUGAUUUUACCUCAGCCAUUCAUCAACCUCACUUUUAGAGCAAGAGUUGCCCGUGUUUGUUUGUGAGCUUUGUAUAAAGGAGGGCUUUGACUUACAGACGGAUGACACAUAUACUAAGACAUAUCCUGAGCUCUGUCAUGAGAGACUUGAAGACUUGCAACAAUUUACUUGCAUUUGUGGGAAUUUAGCAUUGAUCCGCACACUUUGGUCCUUUACCAGUAUUCACACAUUUACUUCCUAGAUUUGAAAGGUUUUAGCUAUUAAUUUAGCAUGGAAUUGCUUACAAAUAUUAGCCUAAACAUUCUGACCUGUCUGUAUUUAUGAUCCUAAUCUCAAAGACGUGAAUUAUAUUCACUUAUGACUAAUUAAGCCCUGAAAGACAAUGCUGUUGUGGCUUGGAUUUGACCACAUUAUCAUCCAUAAAAUAUUCUGAAGCUGACAAAGAACCCAGUGCAGUUCAUAUUUCCCCACUUACUUCUAUGUUGCUCUGCGAGUGUUGAUCCCAACACCUCACAUUCCUGCAAAUGCAGCCUUUACUGUCACGGUACUCCAGCCUUUUUAAAAUGUAUUGGAUGAACAUUCAGUUUAAAAAAAUGGCAUUAUAAUCAAACCUUUUUCACUCAUGCAGCACCAAGACUUUUCAGUCAGUACAUUGCUAGCAAUUCAGCAGUAAUGACCAAUGAAUCUGUAACCCAAACCAUAUUGUUUUUUUUUUGUGUGUGUGGAAAAUCCUUUAUAUCUGGGGGUCUUGUUUGAAAGUGUUGGGGUUAUAGAGUCAUGAUAAAGACUCAUGGAACACAGCUUGUCAUUCCGGACAUUAGUGACCACUCAUUUGGCCAGUUUUAAAAUAAAUGACUUCUUGAACUGAAACAAAGAGUUUCAAAGCUCCUGUGUAUCCCGGCUCUAAAGCUCCUUUCAUUCCCAACAUUUAUCUGUCAACCUGAUCAAGUGUUUACAAGUGCUAUUCGUUGAUCUGUUGUGUUUUUGUUAAGCCAUGAAUUACUUGACUACUACAUGUCGCAACGUCGCUCGACAGAUAGAACCUCAGAAACAUGUAAAUACUUGAAAGUUCUUUGCAGGAAUUAGUCCAUAUGAAGUAGAGUUAUGUGUCCAAGUGAUGAAAAAGCAAGGAUGUCUGCUGGACUGUGUGGCCAUGAACUACAUCAUUCUUGGGAGUGAAACUCUGCGCUCCAACAAGAUACAAUCAAACUGAUGCUCGGAUGAAUGUAAUGCCAGUCAGGAUUGAAAAAAAACAAAAACAAAUAAAAAAAAACAGACAAACAAACAAAAAAAACUUCAGUCUAAUAUUCUACAUGUUACCAAUGUAUGUGCUUAUGAAUGUGGCUUCAAAGCGGCAGAAGACACUGCUACAAUGGCACCUUUGUUGCAGCGGAUGCACAGCAUGUGGCACGUUGACCACGGUGUCCACGGCGGGGCUGCGUGUUUAGCAUUUACUGAAAGUGAGCGCUAAGCGUGUUUUUGGUUUCUGAUAUUUGUGCUGUAAAGCGAUUGAAUGAU